AUGCCGGUGAGGGGCGGCAUCGAGUGCAUCAAACACCUGCUCUUUGCGUUCAACCUGGUCAACUGGCUGGUCGGCAUGGUCGUCCUGAGCAUCGGGCUCUGGCUGCGGUUUGAUGCACAGACCAGAAGCAUCUUCGAGCAAGAGAACCCCCACUCCAGCUUCUACACAGGCGUGCUCGUUGUGAUCGGCGUGGGCGCGCUCAUGGUGCUGGUGGGCUUCCUGGGAUGCUGCGGGGCCAAGCAGGAGUCCCAGUGCAUGCUGGUGAUGUUCUUCUGCUUCCUCCUGGCGAUAUUUGUCGUGGCCUUGCACGCGGCCAUCUGGAGCAGCUCCCACAAGGACAGGUUGAUCAAGGAGGUGCAGGAUUUCUACAUAGACGCCUACAAGAAGCUGAGGAACAAGGAGGACCUCCAGAGGGAGGCGCUGAGGGUCAUGCACGUCGCCCUGAAGUGCUGCGGCGUCGCUGGGGGCGUGGAGCAGUUCAUCUCCGACAUCUGCCCCAAGAAGAGUCUGUUGGGCAGCCUGCAGGUGAAGCCCUGCCCUUUGGCCAUCAGCCAGAUCUUCAACAGAAAGUUCCACCUCCUCAGUGCGAUAGCCAUCAGCAUCUCCUUGGUGAUGGUCUUCGGCAUGGUCUUCAGCAUGGUCCUGUGCUCGGCCAUCCACGAGAGCCAGCGGAGGGGCUAG